CAAUAGGAACCAUAUCAUAAUUUAUCUUUCAUAAUAAAAAAUAAAGACUUUUCUUUUCUUUCACAUAAAUUUGAUAAUUUUAUAAAAUGAUCUAAUAGAGUCAUUGAACUUUUUGGCUCUUAACCAUGGUAUCAAACUUUCCUGUUAAUUUUUACAUGUAAAGUGUAAAAAGUUUAACGUUUUAAAUGAAGAAAAGAUUGGAUUUUUGGUUAGGAACUGGUAUUUUGACAUGUUUGGCUAACUGGUUACUGCAAUUUUCCCUGGCAGUUGCAUUGCUCUUCUUUUCUUGCUUAACAUUUCUUCCUUUCUCCCACGGAGCCUCUCGCUUCCUCCCUCCACUUCCUGCAGGGGGAGAAAAUAAAGCAAGGUAUGGUUUGGAGCUUUCAUGGCGGAAUACUAGCAGGAGGUCUGUUGUGGAGGGACCCAUUGGUGAACCAGUCGAGAACCCUUUACUAGUUCUAGCCCCCGAGCGCACCUACAGAAAAGACCCUCUUGAUGGGUUCAAAAGAUACACUGGAGGAUGGAAUAUCAGAGAUCGCCAUUACUGGGCUUCUGUGGGCUUUACUGCAGUUCCCUUUUUCGCCAUUGCUGCAAUCUGGUUUGUACUCUUUGGGCUGUGCUUAUUGCUCAUCUUUCUCUGCCAUUUCUGUUGUAAACGAGAACCUUAUGGCUAUUCUCGAGCAGCUUAUGCUCUCUCCCUCAUUUUCCUCGUAGCUUUCACCAUACUUGCAGUAGUUGGCUGUGUAGUUCUAUAUGCUGGCCAGGGAAGGUUCCAUAGCAGUACAAAAGAAACACUGGAGUAUGUUGUGAAUCAAGCUGAUGCCACUGUGGUGAAACUGAAGGAUGUCUUAAACUAUCUUUCUGCUGCUAAGCAGAUUGGUGUUGACCAAGUGUUUCUGCCUUCCAAUGUCCAAACUGACAUCGAUCAGAUCGAAGCAAAAAUCAGCUCUUCCGCUGACAAUGUUGCCAAAACAACAAUGGACAGUUCGGAUGAUGUAAAAGAUCUUGUGGAUUCAGUGCGGCUUGCACUUAUUGUAACGGCUGGAAUUAUGCUUGUCUUGACAUUUCUUGGGUUCUUGUUCUCAGUUUUCGGAAUGCAGUUUCUCGUGUAUAUCCUCGUGAUCCUAGGAUGGAUUCUUGUUGCUGGAACAUUUAUUUUGUGUGGCACAUUUCUCCUUCUCCACAAUGCUGCCGCGGAUACAUGUGUUGCUAUGGAACAGUGGGUUGAAAAUCCCACUGCUCACACAGCUCUAGAUGACAUACUCCCUUGUGUUGACAACGCAACUUCUCAAGAAACCUUGAUGCGAAGCAAGGAAGUAACUUCUCAGCUAGUUGAUCUAGUUAACGAGGUCAUAACAAAUGUUUCCAACAUUAAUUUUGCCCCCAACUUUGUUCCAAUGUACUACAAUCAGUCUGGUCCAUUGCUGCCACUGCUCUGCAAUCCUUUUUUCUCCAAUUUUACUGAUCGAGCUUGUACUCCCGGUGAAGUUGACUUGAAUAAUGCUACUCAGGUGUGGAGCAGUUAUGUCUGUCAAGUUUCACCAAGUGGGAUAUGCACAACAACCGGCCGGUUGACUCCAGCCAUAUACAGCCAGAUGGUGGCGGCCGUAAAUGUGAGCUACGCACUCUACAACUAUGCUCCUUUCCUUGUCCAGCUACAAGACUGCACAUUUGUGCGGCAAACAUUCAGCGAUAUAUCCAGGGACCGGUGUCCCAAUCUGCGUCGAUACAGCCGAUGGAUCUAUAUUGGCCUGGUCAUGGUGUCGACGGCGGUAAUGCUGUCGCUGAUCUUCUGGAUGGUCUAUGGAAGAGAGAGGCGUCGCCGGCUCUACGCCAAAGAGCUCAGAGACCACAAUGGAGAGGACAAGGAUGUUCCGCAUCUGCAUGAAACAAUUUGAGGUAAGGUCCUGAAGAGAAAGGGUUAAGCAAAACGGUGUCGUUUGGUUGUUUGCAGAUCAGUUUGAUUUCAAGCUCUGUAAAUCUUGAAGUUUUAACGUAUGCUGAAGUAUGAGAUUAAUUUACCAAAUAACUAAUCCUCAAUCCUUAAUUAUCAAUUUACAAUUAAUAA